UUGCUCUUUUCGUAAAACUAAUUUUCUGCACUCGACUUUAUCUAUAAAUUUACGCCUUGUAGUUUUUACAUUAGUCAUCCAAUAUUUUUUAGUGUUUCUCUAAAUAACUCGGUUUCGUAGGUCACUGUGACGAUAAUUUCAUAUCUUUCCAUCUUCUAAAUGGCCCUCAUCAACAUCGAUGGUGAUCCAUGGCUGAGCGAUUUAGAUGCCUGUGAGCGUUUGAGUAACGAAAUCCAAUCACAGCUAGUAACCCGCAAUCGCCAGGGGCAGUUUUCCCGAGAAUAUUCGUCUAUGUCCGGUCAGGUGCGGGUGCGGCUGAAGCAGUUUGGCACCGAACUGGAACAAUUGGACAAAAAACUACGUUACAUAUCCAGCUCGCUCACGUCGGCUGAAGCCGAGCGUCGCCAGCGGCAGGUCGAAGCCUUGCAAUCGAAACACGUUCAACUAAAAAAGCAGUUCAGCGCUGUAGAGGCGUCGACUGAACGUGCUAGUUUGUUCGCUGAUUCCGGAAGCAAUAGAUUGUUCGAUGACGACGAUGAUGAUCCAGCGUUAAUCAGACCAGAAUCUAGCUACACUGUAACAGAUUUACGUGCCCAGCAAACGCGAAUAUUAGAGGAUCAGAACGAAGGAUUGGAAGCUUUGUCCAAGGUUAUUUCGCGACAAAAAGUUUUGGCGUCACAGAUUGGAAACGAAGUUGAUCGACACAAUGAAAUUUUGGACGAUCUAGCCGACACAAUGGAAACAACUGAUUCCAGGUUGAAUAGAGAAACCCGUCAGAUUGGAGCCGUAACGGAACAAGAUUCAUCAACACGUGGCUAUUGGGUGGUGAUUGGAGUGUUGGCUCUGGCUAUUGUUUUAGUAUCCAUUUUAUUGUAGAUUGUAUGGAUGUUCGAAAAAGGUGAGUACCUACCGAUUAGAAUCGGGAACCUCUGCCGCAAAUUUCUAGGAUGCAAAAUAUGUUUUAUUAUCUUCAAAUAAAAAUAAUAAAGAAUUUAUCUUUAAUGAACAAUGACUACUACCUGUAAAUAAACUUUUCGCUGCAUCAGAUAUAUCGCAUGUCAGAAGUUUUGCAGGUACCUACUUACAUAUAUAAUUUUGUGUAUGUUAUUAUAAAUAUAUGAUACCAAAUUUUAUCAAUCGCAAACUACAUGUAGAGUUUAUAUUAUAUUACUUAUUUUAGUUUAUAGUUUUA